UUCUGGGAAGAUUUACCUCACCCGCUGGCUUGUACAUGGAAGUGCUCCAGGAUUUAAAGCCGCGUUGUCCAGGACAAUCCGCACUGCUGCUGCUUCAGGAGGUGAGACGGGACGGGACGCCAAGGGCUGCCGAAUUUUUCCAAGACACAGUCCAGCAUGCCGAACUGGGGAGGAGGAGCGAAAUGUGCAGCCUGCGAGAAGACUGUUUACCAUGCAGAAGAAAUGCAGUGCAACGGGAGAAGCUUCCACAAAACGUGCUUCAUCUGCAUGGCCUGCAGGAAGGGUCUGGACAGUACCACGGUGGCGGCACACGAGUCUGAGAUUUACUGUAAGACCUGCUAUGGUAAGAAGUACGGUCCAAAAGGCUAUGGCUACGGACAGGGCGCUGGAGUACUCAGCUCGGAUACUGGGGAGCACCUGGGCAUCGAUCCUCAAGGAUUAAAGCCUCAGAAACCCACCAGCAACCCAACAUCGGGCAAAUUUGCGCAGAAGUUCGGCGGUGCAGAGAGAUGUUCUCGGUGCUCCAAAUCCGUCUACGCUGCUGAGAGAGUCAUUGGAGGUGGGAAGCCUUGGCAUAAAAGCUGCUUUCGCUGUGCUCUCUGUGGGAAAAGCCUGGAAUCUACAACUGUGACAGAUAAAGAUGGAGAAAUCUACUGUAAGGUCUGCUACGCAAAGAACUUUGGUCCCAAAGGAAUGGGUCUUGGGAAUCUUGGAACUGCUGAACAGAAGGAUUGAACUCCUCCGUGUGCUGUUGUGCCACAAGUUGUUUUGUACAAAUCCAGUCAAAUUGUGUAUCACUGUAAACCUCUGUAUGCAGUAAGAACCAUACACAUCUAUAAACAUUCAGUAUUUAUUAAAGAGAUUCAAAAAUU